GGUAGAGAAAGGGAACUCGAAGGGGGUGCAGGAGCUUGAGGGGGAAUUUUCGGUUGUCCGCCUCCGAAUAAUUCUAUAGGCUACAUGCAUCACCUACUGCAAACCCAAAAUCUUACACCCUCCACAACCUCUCUGAGCCUCAAUUGACCCGAUUAUCACAAUCAUUUGACAUUUCAUUUUGUUUUUGUUUUUUCAAAAUAUUUAUUUAGCUUUUUCCGCUAGCGAGAUUGUCGAUUUUUUAUUUUGGGGAAUCAGAAUUAUAUUUAGAUGACAAUAUGAGUGGCGGGGUUUAUGGCGGAGAUGAAGUAGGAGCCCUUGUGUUUGACAUUGGCUCUUUCUCCACUAGAGCAGGAUAUGCUGGUGAGGACUGUCCCAAGCUAUGAAUGCUGCAGUAUUGGCAUAUGUGGAACAAUAGCUGAACUACUGGAUCCAAGACACAAGGGCAGCUGUUCUGCAAGGUUCAUAUUUAAAGUGGCCGAUUUCCCAACCUCCCUGGGGGUGCUGGUGGAGGAAGAGGGUGGAGGCGAGCUGGGGGCAGAGCAGGAGAAGGCAGCAGGGAGAACCUUUUACCUGGACACCAAUGCGCUGCACGUGGCCCGGGCUGGGGUGGAGCUCUUCUCCCCCCUGAAGAAUGGCAUGAUUGAGGACUGGGAAGCCUUCCAGGCCAUACUGGACCACACCUACUGCAAGCACAUCAAGUCAGAACCCAGCCUGCAUCCAGUGCUGAUGUCUGAAGCUCCAUGGAACACGCGGGCAAAGAGGGAGAAGCUCACAGAGCUGAUGUUUGAACACUACAAUAUCCCAGCGUUCUUCCUCUGCAAGACAGCAGUGUUAACAGCAUUUGCUAAUGGGAGGGCGACUGGUCUUGUGCUUGAUAGUGGAGCCACACACACAACUGCCAUCCCAGUGCAUGAUGGGUAUGUCCUUCAGCAAGGCAUUGUCAAAUCUCCUCUGGCUGGGGACUUCAUCACCAUGCAGUGCAGGGAGCUGUUCCAGGAGAUGAACAUUGACAUAACCCCUCCAUACAUGAUCGCUGCCAAGGAGCCAGUGAGAGAGGGAGCACCCCCAAACUGGACAAAGAAAGACAAACUUCCACCUGUCACCAAGUCCUGGCACACUUACAUGUGCAAUGAGGUGAUUCAGGAUUUCCAAGCGUCUGUACUGCAGGUAUCCGACUCCCCCUACGAUGAACAAGUGGCUGCCCAGAUGCCCACCGUGCACUAUGAGAUGCCUAGCGGCUACGCCACUGACUAUGGCGCUGAGAGACUGCGUAUCCCAGAGGGCCUCUUUGACCCCUCCAAUGUCAAGGGUCUUUCUGGGAACACUAUGUUGGGAGUAGGACAUGUGGUCACAACCAGCAUUGGCAUGUGUGACAUUGACAUCCGGCCUGGUCUGUACGGGAGUGUCAUCGUCACUGGAGGGAACACCUUGCUCCAGGGUUUCACAGAGAGGCUUAAUAGGGAAUUGUCCCAGAAGGCACCUCCGAGUAUGAGGCUGAAGCUCAUAGCGAGCAAUAGCUCUAUGGAGCGUCGGUUUAGCCCGUGGAUUGGAGGUUCUAUACUGGCCUCGCUGGGUACCUUUCAGCAGAUGUGGAUCUCUAAGCAAGAGUAUGAGGAAGGGGGCAAACAGAGCGUGGAGAGAAAAUGCCCCUGAAAGACACCUCUUUAUCUACAUGCACAAACGAUAGGGGCAAACGAAAGGCAAAAACUGACUGCCAGCUAACGAAGAACAAAUGCCAUCAUCCAAGCCCAUACUCUCUCCUGUUCUAAAUACACGUCUGUUUUCUCUCAGUCUUUCCUUCCGUAAACUGCUCCUUUGGCUUUUCUGUCUGGCCGUUUCCUCUUCAUCACUUUCUCCCUUGUUCUGCCCCUGGCCCUCUCUCUAUCUGCAGCUGCGUCUAUCACCAGCAUUCUUGCAUGUUUCCCUGUCGGUCUGUCUUUGCUCCACCCAUAUACCCCAUUUUGCACCCAUGAAACCCAAGGUGGUGGGACUGUUUAACCCAAUGGCGGAUUAGGCUGGGGCAGAUCUCAUUCAUUGUGAGCCGGUGUGACUCGCGUAAGCUCAAGUCCAUUCAGUCUGACCUUUGAAAUUACAUUCAGGCAAAUAAACAUGAACAAACAGAACCCAUA